AUGACUCAGGGCCUGGGCGAAUCCCCUUUCAGCCCUCGUCUUUUUCAUAACGUCCUGACGGCUUGGGAAGAGCGAUGGGUAGGCACAAAGUGGGUGGAUGGACACACGCAAAGUCAAACAGUUCAACCGAGUAACAGUCCUGAGAAGUUAAAACAGCCCUACUGCGUCCACUACAGAGCAAACAGGCUUCUCAGACCUAAGCCCUGCGUACUCGUGGAAGACGCUGCCAUCUAUCACUCGCCUCCCGGAGCUCUAGUCAGCAGCAUUCCGAUGGAGCCGACUUGCAGCCGCCAGCAACACAUCUGCUGUCUGACUUAUUGCAGAAGUAAACGAAACCUAGGUAUUCGUACAGAGCAUUGGUACAUGUCGCUGCAAGAUCUGAGCAACCGCGGAAUACGGGACUCGGACGGGUCUGCGGCGCGGAUACGAAGCGAUAGCGAAGAGGGGGACGGGCCCAUGAGCCCACCGUUGGAGGUAGAACGAGCAGAAACUUUAACACAUAUACAUAGUAGAUACUGUACUACUGCAUCGAGAGGCAUGCUGGAACCCACGAUUCCAGUCAUCUUCUGGCUGUCAACCCACCGAAAACCACAGAAUAAGACAACGGCAUAUGAGACAAGCCCGGGGGAAGACCAGAAAGGCCUCCAGACGAGAUCCCAGUACUUCGUAGUCAGAAACAUGCAAAGCCGGACCCGUGGCCCGCUCGCAGUCAGUCAGGCCAGGAACCAGCGCCACGGCAGACUCGCACUGCAUCGCAUCGCAUCGCAUCGCAUCACUGUCUGGAUUCUCCUUCUUGACCUUCUCAGGCCAGCCAGACCGGGACAAGACCAGGGCAAGCAGCAAACCAGGGCAGCACUUGGAGCCGAGCAGCAGGUGUCCUGGCAGUCCCUGAUCCCAUCGACGACAUUGACAUUCCCCCUGCCGGCAGGAGACUUCGCUGGCGUCUGGUGGCCAUCUAUCCCUCGUUCACACAGACACACAGGCACAGCACUGGUUCCCGGAAAACCACGCGAAGCACACGUCAACGUUCUCCUGUGGUUCCUCUCCUCCAGUCUGUAUCUUCGCACCAGACUGUCAUUGGUUAUGAGGACUGCGAGAUCCAUCUCUGUACAGAUCCAGUCCCAUCAGUCUCGACAACUCGAACUCAACUCGACCUCAAAGAACGUAAGAGACACAUGGCACGUUGUCCCUGGGGACCCAUACUGCGUAUUCAUCAACCAAUUGACCAAGAGUCCUGGUCAACCCACACCCCUUCCACCCCCUCCCUCUUCCCACCCCUUCACCCUUGACCCUGGCCGUCCCAUCCCUCCUGGUCUGAUCUGGUGGUCCCCCAAAGGUCCCGGCUUAUGCUCCCUUGCCCUGCCACUCGAUGGCCUAGUUCGGAAAGGUACCGCAAGGUACCGCUCCAGCAACGGCGCCGGCAGAAAGCUACAUACUAGCAACGGCGCCAGCCAGCCAGCCAGCCAGCCAGCCCAGCCAAGCAACAAGUUCUCCCCCAGUCCUUGCCAGGGUUCCCAUCAGCAGCAGCAGCAGCAGAAGAAGAAGAGGUCGACCCAGGGCAGAGUCCAAGGAAGAGAGAAGUCUCUUGUCUCUCCUCCCCUCCCCUCCACUCGCUUUAAACAAGCCCGGCCAAUACCCUCUCCUCCAAAGACCCAAUCCCAUAUUUGCUGCACAAUCCCGGAUCUUUCUUUAAGCAGACAAGCUUCCGCAUUUCCUUUGGCUCGGGACAACCCCAGCACACCUCUCGUUUUACUCGUCCAUUGCGAAACUGGUGGCGAUUCUGACAUUGGUCCUUUGACAAACACCCCAGUAUUCUUCGAUAACUCAUCAUCACACACGUACUCUGCCCACUGA